AUGUCGUAUCCUUCGCCUGGCGCGGAGGCUCUUGAUGCCGGCCCCUUCUACCAUACCGGCACUCGCGAUGAGACGCAUGAGCAGCAUCACGAGCCUGAGGAGCACCAGCAACAGCAUGACCAGCACGACCCGACGCAGGUCCACGCGCAGGAGCAGGACCAUGGCCAAAUCACCACUCACGAACCGCCUUCUCCCCAGCAGCACCAUAUCUCCAGGCCCCCCAAUCUCGAGGAGCUUCAGCUGGCCGCCCAGCUCGGCCAGGGCUUGGCUGGAACGUCUCUUCUCCCGUCCAACGACCCCGGCAUGAACGUGGAGGAUCCGAACAUGCGUAGUAUCAUGCCUCAUCCCGAGCCAGACCAGCAUCAGCCGCCAUCCUAUGUUCAUGAAGCCCCUGCUUCUGAGCAUAUGGUGACGCAUGCACUCCCUGUCGCCGUGGGACCCCCAAUGCCAUCGCAGUACUCCAUGGGAGAGGCCAUUCCGCCUAGGAAGAGAUCCAAGGUGUCGCGUGCUUGCGAUGAGUGCCGGAGGAAGAAGAUCAAGUGUGACGCCCAAUCGGAUACUGGCGAUAGUCCGUGCUCUAGCUGUGCCCGGUCUUCCAUGCGGUGUCUGUUUAGCCGCGUCCCUCAGAAACGUGGUCCAAGCAAGGGGUAUAUCAAGGAGCUGGCGGACCGGAUUCACAGUAUCGAGAACAAGCUAGAGUCCGAAGGUAGUCUUACCCAAGACGAAAUCGAUCGACUCUUGACGCCGGGACACCAUCGCCCUUACAACGGCCUAGCCUCUUCCGAGGAGCCAGUCCGGAAGAGGCCGUUCUCCAGCAUCUCGGCAGGCGACUUCAGCACACCUGCUCCUCCGCGACAGGCGCCAUGGGGCCCAGAGCCGCGGCCAAUUCUGCCCGCACCCGCGGCCACGGACAGCUUCUCGGGGCCUACGUAUACUAACAGUUCAUUGGCCCCUCAGCCUUCGGCGAUCAAGGCGGACAGCGCGCCGCCAAAGCCCCCCGUGGCAUCCAUGGACUCGCAAGUAGUGGAAGCGGAGGAGGUGCCAGAUUUUGACGAGGAGUCCUUGCACGACUACCUCGCUCAUGUCCAGGCUAUAUACCCCAUACUCCCCAGCAGCAAGGCAAGGAUUCAAUCUCUGCUGUCACAAUGUCCGUCAACCGUACGGACGGCAUUUAUCACGGCACUUCAGGCAGUCGGACAGUCUUCAGGGGACACGCAAGUUGCGAGCUCCCUUCUCCACGAGUGGGAAAGCAGCGAGGCACCUCACUCACGCGUUGUCGACAUUGUCCACGCUCAGACUCUUCUUCUGCUAAUCAUUGAUGCGGAUUGGCGAGCCUCAUCUCAGCUGCCGUUUCUUCUGGGCAGAGCAGUGGCACUUGCGAACACGAUGAAGCUGUGGAAGUUUACACCCAUCGAGUCAGCAUCCGAAACAGACUCUGACGAUCAGCUAUGCGUGCGGAUUUGGUGGUCACUCGUGCUGAUGGAUCGAUGGCACGCCGCAGGGACGGGCAAGCCGUCGCUGAUUCCGGACAGCAGCGUUGUCGCGCCGGCCGGGCUUGAGAACACCUUGGGCGAGGUGUGCUACUACUUGAUCCGCCUGUCCAAGCUGUUAAAUAGGACUGCAUUCGUCAUCUCCACCCUGCAGCCGGGUUCCUCCACCGCCGAGCCAGCCAUGGCCGCCAUUCUCGCCGACUACAUUGAGAACUACCGCGAGGAUCUUCCGGGCCACAUCGAGGCCGCAUCGUACCCCCUGGUGCACCUUGCAUACUGGCACUGCAAGCUCCUGGUCACACUCCUCACGCCAGGAGCCACGCCGACGGAGACGCUGUGGCCGACGUCUGAGCUGGCUACUCUUUUGCUGGCAAACGCACACCUCCGCAGCCCCUUUACCAACCACUUUGUGUCACUAGUGACCAUGUCACUGUCGAAACUCGCCAAGAUGGACAGUUCGCGAGAAGGCGCCGUCAGGCUGAUGAAGGAGAUCCUGGAGAAGCCCAGCGGAGGCCACUGGGACAGCGUAAGGGAGAAGCUGACCGAGCAGCUGCGGCCGACGUCGUCGGUGGAGGCCACGGCGAGUCAGGGACUGCAGCACCUGGCCGAUCUGGCAACGGCGCACGAGGGCAUCGCGCCCGGCUCGGAUGAUAUCACGUUUGGACCUACGCUUGCGUCUGGCUAUCUGGACGUCGCUUGA